AUGGAGUUGGGAACAAACUUUGCUGCAAAACUCGAGCCAUUCCUUCUCAUCUCAAAGUCAGCCAAGGGCGCAGCAGCAGCAAAACUUAUUCAGGACGCCACCUCAGCCCAAGGCGUAUUCGUCUUUGCCGAGCUCAUUCAGCUCCCUAACAUUCAGGAGCUAGCGAACAGUGAGCAGCAUGCGCCUUUCUUUUUGCUGCUGCAGCUAUUCUCGUAUCGGACGUAUAGAGAUUACCUUGCAAACAAGGACUCGCUGCCUCAGCUAAACCAAGCUCAAAUAACCAAGCUCAAACAUCUGUCCAUCGUAUCGCUUGCUGCCAACAGACGCAUCCUCCCAUACUCCCUUCUCCUUCAAGAGCUACAGAUGCCCACCAUCCGCGACCUCGAGGAUCUCAUAAUAGAUGCGAUAUAUCUCGACAUCCUCCGCGGGAAGCUCGACCAGAAGGAGCAGCAACUUGAGAUUGAGUACACGAUGGGACGCGACCUCGAGCCUGGAAAGGCAGAGGCAGUGCUUGCAGCGCUGAAGACAUGGGCUUCGACAACUGCUUCAGUCCUUUCUGCAUUAGACAAUAAACUCACGCAGAUCGCUUCUUACAGUGCAGCUGUUUCUGUGGAUAAUGAAGAACACGAUAGGGUUUAUAAUGCUACUCUCAAAGACAUAUCUGAGCGUCAGAAGGACACGAAAAAGCGAGGGCCGUUGAUGAGUGGUGGGAAUACCAUGCGUGGCGUCGAGUUGGCAGACGCAAUGGAUGUGGACGAAGAGCCGAGAAUUAAAGGACGGAAGUGA